CUCUCUGUCCGCCCCAUUCCUGCUCUCUACGCCCAGAGGUCCAUUUCCUCUUCCCUGCCGGCCACAGCCCCUGGUCUGACCCAUCUCCUCACUCCCCUGUAGCCCUGAGGGAGAGGGGCCCGCUUAGGAGGGGCCCGACCUCCUUCCCACCCGUUAACCACAGUCCCUUCUGCACUCGCGGUGGGGAUGCGUGCUGAAUGCCUCCUCAUGCUCAAGACCCCAUUCCCUUCACCCCUUCUCUAGAGUGGGCUCCUAACCCCGGAUUCAGAGUCACAAAACUCCACGUGCACGAAGGAUCUAUGAGGUCAAAUGCUCCCACCGCUUUGUGGAUCCUCGAGCCCCUUUCCAACUGCUCAAGCGGCUCCUGCCCCGCCUCGCCUGCCUCCCUCCCUCCCUCCCGGAGAGGCACCGCCCUGCAACCUGAACAGUUAUCAUCCUUGGCCCCCAGUUUCCAGCCCUCAAACCCUGUCCACACUUCCCACCGUCUUUUGUCUUCUCUUUGCCUUGAAUGUCUAUCCUUUUAGUUACUGGUUUAGAAACUCCCCUUCUCUCCUCCUCCGACCCCUCUGCUCCUCUCCUGUCCAUCACCUGCCUCCCCAACGGUGAGGGAAGAUCACAGCUCGGUCUUGGCUUCCUCUCCUGUCACCAUUUCUGGGUGAACACACCCAAUUCCUGCCUCUGUCCCCACCACCUCUCCUUCCUGUCAAAUUCGUCAGCACCAAGGUACACGCCAUGAAGCCCCCAUGGAGAGAUGCCCGCCCCUAAAGAAGUUCUGCCCUUCUUUGCAGGAACAUAAUACAUGAGAAGCACAGCUCUCUUACUGUCCCUGCAGAAAAAGUCACGGAUUCCUCCAGGCAGAAUAAAGAACUGUUUUCCUGCUAAAGCCCCACCACAGAUCCCCUCCAUUUCAACAACAACAAAUAAGGCCAUAUAACACUUUUCUCUGAAUGUGCUAUUCUUGGUUGAGCUCUAAGGGAGUAUUUUGGCUCAGCCUUACAGUGUGUCCCUCCCAAAAAGUUGGGGGAGAGGAGGGCCCGUGCCAUCAGAAGGAGCAGCGGCUGGAGGGAAAGGAGGGGUCCGGAGGGGCUGCCCCUGUGUGGGCUCGGCAUUCUGAGACCCGGGAGGGGCCUGUGGGCUGGGACCUAGGGAGGCUGAAGCUAGAGCAAGGAACUGUGGUCGCUGCAGGGAAUGAGGUGAUCGCAGUGGAUUGGAAGGGCCUGAAGGAUGUCGACCAAAUCCACAUGGACAGCACCAGCUCGCUGCACGGGAGCAGCCUCCACCGGCCGUCCACCGAGCAAACCCGAACUGAUUUCUCCUGGGAUGGCAUCAAUCUCUCCAUGGAGGACACCACUUCCAUUCUUCCGAAGCUUAAGCGAAACUCUAAUGCCUAUGGCAUCGGGGCCCUGGCCAAGUCAUCGUUCUCAGGGAUUUCUCGCAGCAUGAAGGACCACGUGACGAAGCCCACAGCCAUGGGGCAAGGCCGGGUGGCCCACAUGAUCGAGUGGCAGGGCUGGGGGAAGACACCAGCCGUUCAGCCACAACACAGCCACGAGGCGGUGCGCAGGGAUACCGAUGCCUACUCCGACCUCAGCGAUGGCGAGAAGGAGGCGCGUUUCCUAGCAGGUGUCAUGGAGCAGUUUGCCAUCUCCGAGGCCACACUCAUGGCCUGGUCUUCCAUGGAUGGUGAGGACAUGAGCGUCAACUCCGCCCAGGAGCCAUUGGGCUGCAACUACAGCGACAACUACCAGGAGCUGAUGGAGAGUCAAGAUGCCCUUGCUCAAGCUCCCCUGGAUGGAUGGCCUCACUCCUACGUGUCCCAGGGCAUGUACUGUCUGGGGUCAUCAGAUGCCUGGGAAGCCAGCGACCAGUCCCUCAUUGCCUCUCCGGCCACAGGAUCCUAUCUUGGCCCUGCUUUUGAUGACUCGCAGCCUAGCUUGCACGAAAUGGGGCCUUCCCAGCAUGCUUCCGGAUACUCUGCUCAGGAGCCGCCACCUUUGCUGGGGGCAGACACUGACUGGGCCCAGGGGGUGGGUGGAGCGGACCUGGCUAGGGGCCCUGCUGAGGAGGAGAAGCGGCCGCUGGCCCCCGAGGAGGAAGAGGAUGCGGGAUGCCGGGACCUGGAGUCACUUUCCCCACGAGAAGACCCCGAGAUGUCCACUGCUCUCAGCCGGAAGGUUUCCGAUGUCACGUCCUCAGGUGUGCAGUCCUUUGAUGAGGAGGAGGGCGAGGCUAACAACUAGCUUCCACCCACUCCACGCCCAGCCUUCCACUCCUGGCUGAGGGGCCUGGCUGCAACAACACCCUCCCUUCCCCCAGCAGUACAGCUGAAACCCGGGCAGAAGACCACGAGGAGCCCAGGAGUUGCCUGUCUUCGCCAGGAGAAUGGAGAAGCCAAGGUGGGAUUUUAUCCAGGCACAUGCUGUAGACACCACAGGUCCGGGAACUGCGGCCCAGGCUACCAGAUGGCCGUGAACUUUGCUUGGCUGCAGGCUUCUGGGUCUGGGGGGAUGAAGCUGCAGUGUGUCUCCAGGACAGGAGCCCAGAGCGCCUUGUAGCCGUCGACGGGGAUCUCAGCUCUUCACGCUCUGAUUCGUCUUCCAGGAGCUUUGACUGUGGCUGUGGGAAUGCCUCCUCUCUCCAUGUCACUCCUGCUUUUCCCCGACUCUGCGUUUUCUCUGGCUGUGGCCCCAGCUCAGCCCCACCAUGAGGAACGGACCUCGGGGGUUAUCGGUAUGGCUCGACGGGCACAGGGGAACCCACCGAAAGCUACACGUGCUCAGAGGGUGGAGUCUGCCCUCAGUGAAAACUGGCUUAUGAGAUCAGGAGUCACGGGGGAGGUACGUGUGGCAGCUGGAACGCACAAGGACUCAAGCACGAUUCUUUACAUCAAGCCUGCCCACAGACCAGAAGGUCCCCGAAGAGACCAGGAACAAACAUGGCCACCUGUUGUGGCGUCUGGACUGUCCCACGGCUGGAAGGAGGAUCCGAGGAUCCGGGAAGGGGCCCGGCUGGGGCUGGCUGCUCCAGCUCUUGCUUCCCUUUUCUGCCUUCUUCUGUCUCCUGCUCUGGGAGCCCUGGCCCUGAGGGGGGGACAUGGAAUGCAGGUGUCCUGGCCCAACGGGGAAGCAUGAGGGCUGUGUCUCCCUCCAUCCCCCCUCUGAUUCUCUGGAGCUGUUUACACUUUUCUCUUUGCCUUUU